AUGGACAUCUAUGGCACUGCAGUCACUGUUAUCACGCAGGUUUACCAGGUCACUGUCUUCAUUCAGGGAGUUAUCUCCGAUAUCAAGUCAUUCGAUGAGGAUAGAGCAGAAAUCAGGCUCAAACUUCAGCUUCAGCUGUCGACGCUGUAUUUUUUCCGCGAGAGCUUCUUCAACCCAGAGCAAGGGUUGAUGCUGCCAGGGAAACUGCCAACAUGGGUUGCAAAUACCGUGACGGGUCUGCUGGAGCAGAUGAGAGCGGUGCUCGCUGAUUAUGAGAGAGUAGGCACCAAGUAUGGGCUUGUGGACAGUGAGGUAAAGAUGGACGACUACAAGCCCGACCAGGUAGAAAACACGAAACGGUCACUUCUGGAACGGGCAAAGAACAAAGCACAGUCCCUGAAGCUCAAGGGAAUUGACUGGUCCUUGUUUGAUAAGAAGAAGUUGAACAAGAUCCUCGAGUCGUACACGGAGUGGACGAAAAGUCUGCAGAACCUGAUGCAGCACAUGUCACAGGAAUCUUUGGCGCACUUCAUUCGCGACUCGGCCGGUGCAAAAAGCAGCGGCCUGGAACCUGUGUGGAAACGACAGACACUGGUGGAUGCUAAGGCGCCAGAUGAUUUCCACAGUCUAGAAGGCAAAAUCGUUGAAGAUAAGGGCACCUCCGGAGAUUUCCGUCUGGGUCAAUGGUCACACAAAGACACAACGAUGCAGGUGGUUGUCGAGUAUCACGGCUAUGACAGCAUGCUACUCAGGGAUGAUCUGGACCCCGAGGAGAUAGAGGAAUACAAAGCCCCUCUGCGAAACUUGGCGUGGCUGUUGCAGAAUUCCACAUUUUCAGACACUGAAGCGAGCACAGAGGAGACGCUAAGCCAGCCGAAGAUUUACGCACUGGAAUGUCUUGGAUUCAUCGAUCAGCCUGAAAAUGAGCGCAGUGUCCUCCUCUAUAAGCUUCCCUCGGUUCAUAAGGGAGGUGAGGUCGAUUCUAAGCUAGUGUCACUACACGAUUUCAUCAAUGCAGUUGAUCCAAAGACAAAGCGACCACUGAAACCUUCAUUGAAUGACCGCUUCAACAUAGCCCACUGUCUGGCCUUGACGGUUCUGAAUGUGCACGGCUCCCGUUGGGUGCAUAAGAAUAUCUGGAGCAAAGGCGUCUUGCUUUUUAAUAAUGCGGACAGCGUCACCGCCUCUGAUGUUGAACAUGCGACAGAUAGAGAUUAUAGCCAGAAAGCCAGGCGUCGAAUGCUUGCCUACCUAGGUGACUGGGGCUUUGCUCGCUCGUUGCAGCAGGGUACCGACAUGCGCAGUGAUUUUGAAAUUGAACCAAAUCUAUACCGACAUCCUGAGCGCCAAGGCCGGCCAACGCGCCAGUUUGCCAGAAUUCACGAUAUCUAUGCUCUAGGCGUGGUUCUCCUUGAGAUUGGGUCUUGGAUGACAAUAUCCAAAUUGAUGGCCGGUACAAUUAGGGAUUCGGAGAAAAGUGGAAGACUGCCCAAAGCGAAGCGUGUCCGAGAGCAGUUCGUGAGCUGGGCAACUCAUCAAAUUUCCAAGGAGAUAGGGGAGAGUUACGCCAAAGCCGUUGUCGCAUGUUUGGAGGGGUCCUUUCGAAAUGGAAGCGAUAUGGAACUCUCGCUGGAUUUCAGCGAAAAGGUCGUUAAUGUUCUCGCCCGGGGGGUGAAUAUAUAA